UGCUCGUGCUCGUGCUUGAUGUUCCUCGCAUGUUUACUGUGGCGCUCGAGUCUCGCGUCGCCCAAACUUUCGUUCUACCUACAACGUAAAACAGUGCAUAACAAUAGAUUUUGAUCAUCAAUAAAAUGAAGGAGUUUUGACGGCAAUAGUAUAUCACGCUUUGUGCUGAAAAUGAAUAAUGCAAUAGAAUGAAAACGAAUGCUGAGGAAAACUUGACGAAAUCGUGAUUUCAUACUUCAUGGUACUUAUCACUAAGAUGAUUUUGCAACAUGUGGAAAGAACCGUGUAUACGUACAUUAACGCCUUUCAGUGACUUACUCAGCCAGAACCCAUAAUUUGUCAUGUUAAAGAAAACUUUUUGAGCAAAAAAUAAAACGACCAAGAAAGGCCAGGUGACUAUUGACGUUGGAAGCUCAAAGCCUGAGGACAAAUAAUCAUUCACCAUAGAGGUCGGCGACGUCAACAUGUUAAGCUCAAAGCUUUUCCAUACAGCUUUUCUUCUCCUUUUUGCCGCUGACGUUUUGGUCGUCGAUAGUAAAGUUCGUGGAAAACCCAACAGGAAUAAAGUUGACUCUGAGGACAGUGGGGGGAAUUGGGGGGAGGGGGGCAACGCUCCUCCUCCGAGGGGGCCGCAUUUUGCCAAAGACACGCCCAAGUCGGUCCUGGCAGCCGUCGGGGCUCCAGCUCACAUUCCUUGCAAGGCAAGAAACCUCGGAGCCAAAUCUGUAUCAUGGAUAAGGCACAAGGACCUACAUGUCCUUACUGUGGGAUCCUUCACGUUCACUAACGAUGAGAGGUUUUCGGCCCAUCGAGACCCUUCGUCAGGAGACUGGGUCCUCGUCCUUCGGCACCCACAGCCCUCCGACUCCGGCUAUUACGAAUGUUCCAUCUCCACGAAGCCUGUGACCGCCGUUAGCGUCAAACUCGAAGUCGUUGUGCCCUCAGCAGAACUCCUCGGAGACGGUAGUGUCUAUCUCGACAAGGGGAGCACCCUGAACCUCACGUGCGUGGUCCAUUUCAGCCCGACACCUCCAGAAUUCAUUUUGUGGUAUCACAGAGACAAGCUGGUAAACUACGGGAGGAGGGGAGGACGUGAGAUCCAGGUGGUCACCGAGCACAGGGGCGAACUGACCAGAUCGUCUCUCUUGGUGUACAACGCCACGUUACUUGACUCCGGCAGAUAUUCCUGCAAACCAGCCAACGCCAAAAAAGUCUCCGUUGUGGUGCAUGUUCUACAAAGUGAAACUCCCGAAGCCAUGAAAACCACGAGCAAUGGAGAUGCCUUAGCCCACAAUAAUCUAAUCUUUAGCGUCAUGACCGCUGCAGCCUUCUGUCUCCUCACCUCAUCGAAGGACGACCUCAACUUCUACAAAGUGGUCCCGUGGUGCCUCCAUUUUCGUCUUUUCUCCCUCUUCACUAACAGAUAAAGGCUAAGCGCGUGCAGACUUUUCCUUUCACUUCGAUGCAGCUGUUAGCUGCGAUCGCCGAUCACUUCCAUCACAAUUGCCUCCGAUCCGUCAAUUUAGUGUCGGGAGUUACUGGUUCUGGAUUUAUACAGAUAAUAAUGACGAGAUCAGUAAAAUACUCAAGUUGUGGAGAUUUCCACUGGAGAAGAAUUUGGACGUAAUUUUACAAUCGACUGAGCCUUUCCUUACAAGAAAUUUUGGACCACGUUGAUUAUGACAAUCUGAGAAUGACGCGCUCGAAAGCACAGUAUAGAUGGCAUCUUCCAGUUUCUGACGGAGCUCUGUCUUUAUGUUAGUGUUAAGGUAGUAACAUAUCUCCAUAUAAUGUUGUAUAAUCUAUUCACAAAAUGGGAGGAAGACAUUACUAGAAACAAAGUGUUCAUCUGGUGAUUAUCUGUCAGUACUGGAGUCCUUAAAUGUUUAGUGUUUUAUCCGGAAAAGAGACAUUUCCGUUCUUAGGACAAAUGAACGAGAAUAUUCAGUCGCAUAAGAAAUACAGUGAAUAAUUGUCACCAAAUGCUAUGUAUACAGAAAGUGGUUGGAACGUACUAGCAUGAGCUCUCGCAAGACUAAUAGUUAAUUGGGGAUAUUAAUGUCAUCAUUUAAAUAUGUACACGCAUUUUGUCCUCAGCUAUCACCUGCUUACAAUAAAUUACAUCUGAAGUACGUGAUAAACUCUUACCAAAUUAAAAAGUAACACCUCGAGUUUAACCACAAUAUACGUAAGAAAUGAACACCCAAGUACUAUCUAUUCCUUCUUAUGUUGCGGAGUGUCAGAGUCAGGAAAACGAUUGUAUUAACAGCAAAGGAUUUCAGGAAGAACUGAAAACUUUGGUUGUAAAAGAAUGUACUGUCGCUAGCCUAUAUGAAUGGAAGCAUAGAAAAUAUAUAAAUUCAAUCAAACAGAACCAGGUUCUGUGUUUGCUAUGGGCAUUCCCUUCCAGAUCACAAAUUUGUAAUGAUUUCAUCUUACAAAAGAUGAACGAAUGAUGAGAGAUAUGACAAUCUUACAUGGAGAGAUUUUGAUGCCGCAUCCUUUAAAUGAUUUAAUUUCAUCUGUUUCUCUGAAACUGGCCCAUUGUUUUGACAUUCAAUGGUAGCAACUGGGGUAUGAUGAUGUGGAAACCCAACAACUGUAAUAUCACUUAGCUGUCUUCAAAAACGAAGCAUGCGAGAUCAUGAGCAGAAAAGAUAAUUUUGUCAAUUACUUUUGAAAAUGAAACAAUAACGAUAAUACUCGGGAGAGAAAAAAUAUACUUAUAAUUGCAUGAACUGACCUAACAAAUUCACAGAUGGAAUUUUAGUGAAUAAUUAGAAUAUUUAUAAUUCAAGGGGUCCUUAUCCGAGUGUUAAGAUCCUUUUAUUUGUAUCCUAAUCCUUAAUUAAUGCACGGAACUUGCUAGUAUUUCCUUGCAAGUAACUUCAUUCGUUUUCGUUUACUGAUGACUUAAUAACCCCAAUUCCAUCUGUACUUCGUUACUUUCAAGCAAAACGGGUUGAGGUUUUUUCAUUUCCAAUGUGCCCUGCUAUUCAUUAUGUGGUGUUCAGCAUAUACACAUAACUAUACUUAUAAAUAAAUAUUCUUGGAUAUGUCAUGUAUAUGCAUAAAUGAACAUAUAUUUGUACUAUGUAUGUGUGUAGAUAUAUUCAGACAUGUAUGCACAAACUUAUCAUUAGCAUCCAAUAAACAGCCGUUUGUCUCUUGUUGACUCCAGACUUUUAAAAUAUAUCAAGGAAACGCUUCCUUCCAUUUUUAUCAAUGAACACUGCCUCCACAAGGAGAAGGUCGCU